AUGGGUUCACAAGGGAGCGACUGGGUGACGCUCGCGUCUGCUAAGCGGAAUGCUAUUCUAGAACAAGUCCCCAACAAGUGGAAGAUAUCAGGUUCGGUGCCCUCGCCAAAAGAGCUGCCUGAUGUUACCGGAAAAGUUAUUCAGCAAUAUCUGAGUCCCCACGAGAUCGAAAUUACGGAAACGAACGCCAUUGGCAUUGUCGAGAAGACUCGUUCUGGCCAAUGGACAUCUGUUGAAGUCACUAAAGCCUUUUGUCACAGAGCGGCUAUUGCCCAUCAAUUAGUCAACUGCCUUCACGAAACUUUCUUCGAUGCAGCUAUCGAGACCGCUCAGGAACUUGACGCCUAUCUUGCAACUCACAAGAAGCCAAUUGGAGCCCUCCAUGGAUUGCCUGUGAGUUUAAAGGACCAGUUCCACGUCAAAGGAGUUGAGACAACCAUGGGAUACGUGGGUUGGAUCGGCACGUUUGAAGGUAUCAAGGACGACCCACGAAGGAAAACUUUCGAAAGCGAACUCGUUCGAGAACUUCGGGCAUUGGGCGCAGUCCUCUUUUGUAAGACAAGUGUUCCAACUACCUUGAUGACCACGGAGACAGUCAACAACAUUAUCGAUUACACCUGGAACCCCCAGAACCGACUUCUUUCUUCCGGUGGCAGUUCUGGAGGAGAAGCUGCGCUUAUCGCCUUGAAAGGGUCUCCCGGGGGCUUCGGUACUGAUAUAGGGGGCAGCGUUCGGAUACCUGCUAGCUACAAUGGGCUUUGGGCGUUGCGUCCCUCGGGGAGAUUGCCUUAUGAAGGCGUUGCAACCUCGAUUGACGGACAAAAUACAGUUUUGUCUGUUGUGGGCCCGUUGAGCUCUUCUAUCGGAGGAAUUACGCUAUUGUUCAAAUCCAUUCUCAGCCAGCAUCCAUGGCACCAUGAUCCAUCGGUCCCCGAGAUGCCGUGGCGUGAGUCGAUCGUCGAAGAGACCUUGAGACUCAUUGCAGAGUCUAAGUCUACGGCACGGGGUGGUCUUGCGUUUGGUGUGUUGCGACAUGACAACAUCGUUCAUCCCACGCCUCCUGUGUCGAGAGCCCUGGACUCUGUGAUUGAAGUCUUGAGAAAAGAGGGACACGAGAUUAUCGAAUGGAAGCCUCCCUCGCACCAACUUGGAGCAGAGAUUUUGAUGGAAGCUCUCACUGUUGACGGAGGAGCCGAUGUUCGAUUCCAUCUCGGUCUCUCCGGCGAGCCUCAACCGGAACAGAUUGCUGUCAACCGCCCACCAGGGAAACAAAAGACGGUGCUCGAGGUUGCUGCCAUUAAUAUCGCAAAGCGCAACUACCAAAAGGCCUAUCUCGAAUACUGGAAUAGCACCAAGCAGCUUACGUCUAGGGGUCGCCCCAUAGAUGCAGUUAUUUGUCCAGUCACAGCCCAUUCGGCCGUCGUCCCUAAUAAGAGCCGCAGCAUGGAAUACACUCUGGUUCCUAGUCUACUGGACUAUACCGCUGUCGUUAUGCCAGUCACUGAGGUCAAGAGCCAGGUCGAUUUUGCUCCCGACGAACUAUCAAGAGCCUACCUGAGUGAAGCGGACAAGCUGACUCAACAUGAAUAUGAUCCCGAAGUGUCCAAUGGAUCUCCGGUUGGUGUUCAGCUCAUUGGUCGCCGUUUUGAGGAGGAAAAAAUUCUGACGUUGGCUGAGUACGUUCACGCCCAACUAAAAGGCCGGUAG